AAAUGAAGAACGAAGAUAACUUAUUAAUUUCCACCAAACUGUUGAUUCGUAUAAUAUUAUAUUUUUUAAUUGAUAUUCAGGUGUUUUUUUUUUUCAAUUUGUGUACCGAUUGUAUCAUUUCAUAUUUGUAUAUUGGUGUUUAUCUUAUUCGUCAAGAAAAAUCAAGAGUUAUUGGGCUACUAUUGAUUGGUCGGAUAUGAAAGUAUUGAAAUUCUAAACAGAUAACACAUUUCUUGAUAAGAUGGACAAUUUAUCAUAUUCAUCCCCAAUUGAAUGGGAGAGUGAACCUUUUGAAGAAGAAAAACAAAAAUGGUUUGUAAAACAACAUAUCAUAUUUUUGAUUGAUGCUUCAAAACCAAUGCUCAAUACUUAUAAUAACACAACUUUUUUUGCAACAAGUAUUGCACUUUGUAAAAAAGUAGUUCUGAAACUUAUUAGAGAGAACAGAAAUGAUAAAAUAGGUAUAUUGAUAUAUGGUACAAACGAUGAUAAUAAAAAAUGUCCCAAGUACAUUAAUGUGUUAUCCGAACCAAUAAAACCUAAUAUUCAAUUAAUUAAAAAGCUUGAUGAUGUGCUAACUGGUAAACUCAUUCAAACUGGACAAUGUCCUUUGUCACCACUAUCAGACGCGGUAUGGUAUAGUAACUAUCUUAUAAAAAAAUGUAGUGAAAAUCAAAGCUGUAGUACUAUUAUGCUCAUUACAUGCAAUGACCUACCUGACAUAGGGGAUUCUAAAAAACAAUUCCAUCUAAGAACAAGAAUUGAUGAUGUUAUUAAAAAUAAUAUUGAUUUUAAGCUUAUACCUAUUGGUAAAACAUUUAACAUGAACCUCUUCUAUGAAGGUCUUCUUAAGAGGUUUAACAGUAUCUCCAAACCCAUCAAUGGGUUAGAAAGUAUAGAUGAUAUUAUGUUGGAAAUCAAUGACAAAUUGAAACAUGGUAGAAGUGUAUCGAAAAUAAAAUUCUUUAUUAAUAAUGACUUUUAUAUAUCUACUGCAUUGUACAAAUUUUAUACAAAAUUAAAAAUGCCAUCAAAAGUAAAGCUGGACAAAAAAACUAAUAAACCUUUGACUAGUAAUACUCAAGUGUUUACACUAGACACUAAUGAAUUAAUGUAUAAAUCUGAUCAGGCUAAAUAUUUGGAAUUAGGAAAUGAAAAAAUAAUAUUUAAAAACGAAGACCUAACAAUUCUGAAAAGUGGUAUUAUAGAACCUGGUAUUAGAUUACUUGGUUUUACAAAUAAAGAAAAUAUUAUGAUAUUGUACCAUUUUAAAACUUCCAUCUUCCUUCGCCCUAAUAAUGAUGUAGUUGAAAGUAGCACUCGUAUGUUUAAUACUCUUCUUGAAUGCUGCUUGGAAGAAAAUAAAUGUAUAAUGUGCUCCUUAAAAAUUAGGAAUGGAGGAAGAGUUCAUUUAUCCGUCCUGAUACCUCAAGCGGAAAUUAUGAAUGAAACGGGUACUCAAAACCAUCCAUCAGGAUUUCAUGUAAUAUUUUUGCCAUUUCUUGAAUGUUUGAAACCAGUAAAACCAAUGGAACCGACAAAAGACUACGAGUCGUUAACGGAUACACAAAUCUCAAUAGGUAUGAAAAUAUGUGAAAGCAUGCCCAUCAAUUAUUAUCCAGCACUGAUUAAGAACCCUAAAAUAAACGUUCAUUGGGCAAUGUUGGAAUCUAUGGCAUUGGAAUCAGAAUUACCAGACAUUUUAGAUGAAACACUUCCAGCAAAUCAUGUUUUUGAUAAAAGUUUGAGUAUAAUAAAAAAUGAUAUACAUGGAGAGUUUUUCUCAAGUAGUUGUAAUCUACCCAAGCCAAAUAAAAGAACCAAUUUUGGUAGUCAACAUGUAAGUGGAAAAGAAAGAAAAAGAAAAACUUGCAGUGAUUAGAAGUCAAAACCGUAGUAUCGAUCAGGAUAGUUUGAAAAAUUACAACAGUAGGGUGAAAUUAUUUUUUCGGUACCUAAUUACAGUGAUUAUAAUAUAAUACAGUUAAGAUAUCAUUAUGUAUAAAUAUUUUGUUUUUUGAUAGGUUCUUUUAACAUGUGUGUAUAAUAUAAACUAUUAAUGUAAAAAAUUAUUUUUAUUUGUAUUAUUAAAUAUUUAGAAAGUUUCAAAGUUAAUUACUUAUUUCCAACCAGAAGCCUUGCGUUGAUAAAAAAUCAUUAUUUUAAAAGAUCAUGUUUCAUAUUAUGUAUAAUUUUUUUUUAGUAAAAUGUAUGUUAUAAUUAUUAAUUACAUACCCAUUAUAAAUAUUUAAAACAAACAAAUACAGUAAAAAUACAAAAAAAAUGAUUCUGGCGCGAUGGUUUAUUCGAUUAAAAUAUAAUUUCUUGAUUUAUAAACAGUACAA